ACGACGGCUUUACGUAUCCGGAAGUACAUGCGCACCGUUACAAAACAUUUUCAACUCCGGAUUAUUUGUGCGAGUUUCUCAUUGUGUUUGAAGGAUCAACACAAGAGAGAGCAGCGGAAAUAAAAUGGCUUUAAACCAGAAUCAUUCGGAGGCAGGAGGAGUGAUCAUCAACAACAGUGAGAGUGUUUUGAUGUCCUAUAAGAAUGUCGAGCUGGCGUUCAGCGAUGCAGACAGCUUGCCAGACCUGUUUAGGAGGAGCAGGAAAGGGAGUGUCUUUCUCACACCAUACAGGGUGAUCUUUGUAACAAAGGGGAAAGAUGCUUUGCAGUCAUUUAUGAUGCCAUUCUACCUGAUGAAGGGCUGUGACGUGAAACAACCUGUGCUCGGUGCUAACUACAUCAAGGGCACCGUCAGUGCGGAACCGGAAGGUGGUUGGGAGGGUUCCGCAACCUUCAAGCUGAUCUUUGCCGCUGGUGGAGCUAUUUCGUUUGGACAGCACAUGUUGCAGGUGGCUUCACAGGCCUGCAGAGGGCAGCCCGUGAACCCCAAUCUUGUGUGUCCAUACAUGUCUAAUGGUGCGUAUGCCUACCCACCUCCCCCUCCAUCUAACAGCAUCUACUCCACUGGGCCACCUCCUCCUGGCUAUUCGUACCCUGUACCUCCAGGUGCAUUUUAUUCCAAUCUUCAGGAUUUUGAUGGUGCUGCAGCCUCUGUUCCUCCUCCAUCUUACUCCGAAACAAUGGCCCAAACCCCUCCAGAUCCCGACCAACCACGUACACCUGCAGCGGAGGCUAAAGCAGCCGAGGCAGCAGCCAGUGCAAACACCGCUCCUCUUGCUCGUACUCACGUUUACCUGCCAGAUGACAAGCCACCACCUUACUCACCACCCGAAGACAAGAAGAACCAGUGAAUGCCACCAGCAAUCCCAAAGCACUCCUCACUCAAUGGUCUCUCUCUCUCUCUCUCUCUCACUCUGUCUCUCUCUCACACAAAUACACACUUUCUGAGCAGCAUUUCAUUUAAUUAACUCUAAUACCAGGAGUCUGUUCUAAUGAGCAGUAGACUGUUGUGGUAUUGUAGAAAAAGCUUAAAAGAUGAAAAUGUCAUGUGAGUGAGAGAAUAAAAUGUGCAGUGCUUAUCUAGAGUCACAACAGAUAAUUCCUAAUAUAUUUUGCAUAUGUAAAGAGCUGACUGUAUAUAUUUUUUUUUUUGGACCUGGCUUAGUUUCAUAGGAUACAGGACCGACACGUUUGGAUCGACUGUGCGAUGAAAAACACUAAUCGUUGCUGUGUAUUAAUUUAAGCAUUAGUACUUAACAUCUUUCCCUGUAUGUUGAACGUGUUCAACCCAAAGGCACCAUGGUGUAAAUGUGGACCUGUGUAUGUGUGCGCUUCUCUGGAGCAUAACACAAACUAGCGCUGCACAUUAACUCCGACCCCCCAUCGUCAUGCAUCAGUCAAAUCACUCCGCUGUGAACAAAAUCUCAUCCACAGACACUUCUUGCUGUUCAACAGUUCUGACAAUUUAUUUUGGAUAAUAAAAUGUAACCAUCCAAGCAUGCGCUCCGCUAUGAUGUCUAACAUAAUGGAUGUAUUUUAUUAAAGUAAUAUGUACAAGUUUAAA